AUGCCGUCUUUCUUCGCUCCAGGCCACGGCCUGCCCCCCACCCCUCCUCACGUCAACAGCGGUGGUCGCCUGGAUGAACCCACCUUCUACCCCAUCGGUCACGCAGCGUUCCCGCCUCGCUACCAUCAGAAUGGCUGUGAGUUUAUCGAACAGUUCUCGCAGUCGAUGUGCUAUGCGAAGCCCAACACGAUGAACCUGCACCCGGCGUCGGCGCACCCGAUGCACGCCACUCGGGACAUGCACCACAUGGGCCAGCCGAUGUACGGUCCGAUGGCAAAUGCUUUGCCCCCGAUCCGGACCAACGUUCAACUGCCGCCCAUGGACAGUGCUAUUCCCCAGCAGUACCGCCGCCAGGAGCUUCCCCCGAUGCAACAUCAAGAACAGCCCCGCAAGGAGGAAAAAGCCACUGGAGGCGUCGCCGCCCAUCUGGAUUACGAAAUGGACCGCAUGUCCGACUUCGUGGCGGAAAUGACCCAGGGAAUGUAUGAGCUAUACAACACCAAGAUCACCCUAGCAGAUAUUGACAUCGCGCGAAGCAUCUCCCCAGGAUCUUCGGUCCCCCCACAGUUCCGGAAAUACGUCUACCAAAUCUUGUCCUCGACCCGACUCCCUAGUUCGACCAUUCUUCUGGGCCUGUUUUACAUGUCCUGUCGCAUGCGCAAGUUGUCUGCCCAGCGGGUCUUUCAGACAGGCAGUGGCCAGAUCUACCGCAUGUUGACCGUGGCACUUUUGCUAGGAAGCAAGUUCCUGGAUGACAACACCUUCCAGAACAAGUCUUGGGCAGAAGUUAGCAACAUCCCCGUAUCUGAGCUGAACAAGAUGGAGUUGGAGUGGCUUUUUGCCUUUGAGUGGAAGAUUCACGACCGCAUCUAUGACCAGCAGGAUGGCUUCGCCUCGUGGCGCCGACACUGGGAAACCUGGCGUGCCAAGGCCAACGUCCGGGCUCAACAGGAGUCUCGCCAGACCCUCAAGCCCCUCGACACUAACGUCGUCCGACACCAGGGCGUCUCGAAGCCUCUCAUGUCCCCCGAGGGCCCCAUUCCGCCCCAAUACCAGCGCAGUUCACACUUUGAGAACUCCUGGCUCAACCCAACUGCCUCCGAGUACUCUCCGCCGUCCGCUCCUCACAGCGGUCCUAACACGCCGGACUACUACUCGGUUGGUCCUUGGGCUUACUCGAAUCCCCCCGCCGCCCUACACCCGGGCCUGGAUUCCCCCUCCGCAGCAUAUGGCCCCAUCGGUGCCCCGUUCGCAGCCUCCAUCCUACCAUCACACUCCGGCGUACGGUCUCCCAUUCGCCCAGAGUGCCUGGACUGGCCACGGUUCAUCGUGUGGCUGCAUGUACUGUGCCAAGCAUCUUGA